CUGGUGAUGGAGUUCUGUGGCGCUGGCUCUGUCACCGACCUCAUCAAGAACACGAAGGGGAACACCUUGAAGGAAGAGUGGAUCGCCUACAUCUGCAGAGAGAUUUUACGGGGCUUGAGUCAUCUACACCAGCACAAAGUAAUUCAUCGAGACAUCAAGGGACAGAACGUAUUGCUGACGGAAAAUGCAGAAGUUAAACUAGUGGAUUUUGGUGUCAGUGCUCAGCUGGACAGAACGGUGGGCAGGAGAAACACCUUCAUUGGAACGCCUUACUGGAUGGCCCCCGAGGUCAUUGCCUGCGAUGAAAAUCCUGAUGCCACUUAUGACUUCAAGAGCGACUUGUGGUCCUUGGGGAUAACAGCCAUCGAGAUGGCGGAAGGUGCUCCCCCUCUCUGUGACAUGCAUCCCAUGAGAGCCCUCUUCCUUAUCCCCCGCAACCCAGCCCCGAGGUUGAAAUCAAAGAAGUGGUCUAAAAAGUUUCAGUCCUUCAUUGAGAGCUGCCUAGUGAAGAACCACAGCCAGAGACCAACCACGGAGCAGCUGAUGAAGCACCCCUUCAUCCGAGACCAGCCCAAUGAAAGGCAGGUCCGCAUCCAGCUCAAGGACCACAUCGACAGGACUAAAAAGAAGCGAGGAGAGAAAGAUGAGACAGAGUACGAGUACAGUGGAAGUGAGGAGGAGGAGGAGGAAAAUGACUCCGGAGAGCCCAGCUCCAUCCUAAACCUGCCCGGGGAGUCGACGCUGAGACGGGAUUUCUUGAGGCUGCAGCUGGCGAACAAGGAGCGGUCGGAGGCGUUGCGCCGGCAGCAGCUGGAGCAGCAGCAGCGAGAGAACGAGGAGCACAAGCGGCAAUUGCUGGCUGAGCGGCAGAAGCGGAUCGAGGAGCAGAAGGAGCAGAGGCGAAGGCUGGAGGAGCAGCAGAGGCGGGAGAAGGAGCUGCGGAAGCAGCAGGAGCGGGAGCAGCGGCGGCACUACGAGGAGCAGAUGCGGCGGGAGGAGGAGCGGCGGCGUGCGGAGCACGAGCAGGAGUACAUCAGGCGACAGUUAGAGGAGGAGCAGAGACAGUUAGAGAUCCUGCAGCAGCAGUUGUUGCAGGAGCAAGCGCUACUUCUGGAGUAUAAGCGCAAGCAGCUGGAGGAGCAGCGGCAAGCGGAGAGGCUGCAGAGGCAGCUCCAGCAGGAGCGGGACUACCUGGUCUCCCUGCAACAGCAGCAGCAGCAGCAGCGGCAGGACCAGAGGCCGGCAGAGAAGAAACCCCUCUACCAUUACAAAGAAGGGAUAAAUGCCAGCGAGAAACCAGCGUGGGCCAAGGAGGUGGAGGAGCGCUCCCGGCUCAAUCGCCAGAGCUCGCCGGCCAUGCCCCAUAAGGUGGCCAACCGGAUUUCUGACCCCAACCUGCCUCCUCGGUCGGAGUCUUUCAGCAUCAGCGGCGUGCAGCCGGCCCGGACCCCACCCCUGCUCCGACCCGUGGACCCGCAGAUUCCACAUCUGGUCACUGUGAAAUCCCAAGGAAGCUCCUUGUCUGGGUCUCAGUCACUGCAUGAACAGCCUGCAAAGGGACUGGCUGGGUUUCAGGAGGUUCUGACGGUGACCUCUCACCGCACUGAGAUGCCAAGGCAGAACUCGGACCCCACCUCAGAAAACCCUCCUCUGCCCCCUCGCAUUGAAAAGUUUGACCGAAGUUCUUGGUUACGGCAGGAGGAAGACAUUCCACCAAAGGUGCCUCAACGAACCACUUCCAUAUCCCCUGCUCUGGCGAGGAAGAACUCCCCAGGGAAUGGCAGUGCCCUGGGGCCCCGGCUGGGCUCCCAGCCCAUUCGGGCAAGCAACCCGGACCUGAGGAGGACAGAGCCCAUCGUGGAGAACCCACUGCAGAGGACCAGCAGCGGCAGCUCCUCCAGCUCCAGCACUCCCAGCUCCCAGCCCAGCUCCCAGGGCGGGUCCCAGCCUGGCUCCCAGGCUGGCUCCAGCGAGCGCAACAGAGUCAGAGGGAACGCCAAGCCCGAAGGGUCCCCUGUACUCUCCCACGAGCCCGCCAAGGUAAAGCAGGAAGACAACAGGGACGUGACGCGACCGAGCCGACCCGCUAGCUAUAAGAAAGCUAUAGAUGAGGAUCUGACGGCAUUAGCCAAAGAGUUGAGGGAGCUGCGCAUUGAAGAAACCAAUCGCCCCCUGAAGAAGGUGACGGACUACUCCUCCUCCAGCGAGGAGUCGGAAAGCAGUGAGGAGGAGGAGGAGGACGGGGAAAACGAGACGCACGAUGGGACCGUGCCUGUCAGUGACAUCCCACGGCUUAUACCGACAGGAAUUCCUGGAAGCAAUGAGCCGUACAACCUGGGAAUGGUGACAACCCACGGGCUAGAGACUUCCCAUGCAGAUACGUUUAGCAAUAUUUCAAGGGAAGGGACUUUAAUGGUGAGGGAGACCUCUGGUGAAAAAAAGCGUUCUGGCCACGCAGCCAGCAAUGGCUUUGCAGGUCACAUCAAUCUACCUGACCUGGUGCAGCAAAGCCACUCGCCUGCAGGCACGCCGACCGAGGCCCUGGGGCGAGUCUCCACGCAUGCGCAGGACAUGGACUCGGUGCCUGAAUAUGGUAUGGGAAGUAGCACCAAAGCCUCUUUCACCCCCUUUGUGGACACCAGAGUGUAUCAGACCUCGCCCACUGAUGAAGAUGAAGAUGAGGACGAAGAGUCAUCUGCUACUGCCCUGUUCACCAGCGAGCUGCUCAGACAGGAGCAGGCCAAGCUGAACGAAGCUCGGAAGAUCUCGGUGGUGAACGUCAACCCCACCAACAUCCGUCCCCACAGCGACACCCCGGAGAUUCGGAAAUACAAGAAGCGCUUCAACUCGGAGAUACUCUGUGCUGCUUUAUGGGGUGUGAAUCUGCUGGUGGGCACAGAAAACGGCCUGAUGCUGCUGGAUCGAAGCGGGCAAGGGAAGGUCUACAACCUGAUCAACAGACGGCGAUUUCAACAGAUGGACGUACUCGAGGGUCUCAACGUCCUCGUGACAAUAUCAGGAAAGAAGAACAAGCUGCGCGUGUACUAUCUCUCCUGGCUGAGAAACAGGAUUUUACACAACGACCCUGAAGUGGAGAAGAAGCAGGGCUGGAUCACGGUCGGGGACCUGGAGGGAUGCAUCCACUACAAAGUCGUGAAAUAUGAAAGAAUCAAGUUCUUGGUGAUUGCCUUAAAGAAUGCUGUAGAGAUCUACGCUUGGGCUCCUAAACCAUAUCACAAGUUUAUGGCAUUUAAGUCUUUUGCAGAUCUCCAGCACAAACCGUUGCUCGUAGAUCUCACUGUAGAAGAGGGUCAGAGACUCAAGGUUAUCUUUGGAUCACACACUGGUUUCCACGUGAUUGAUGUAGAUUCUGGGAACUCUUACGAUAUCUACAUACCAUCUCACAUUCAGGGCAAUAUUACUCCUCACGCCAUUGUCAUCCUGCCUAAAACAGACGGGAUGGAGAUGCUUGUGUGCUAUGAGGAUGAAGGCGUGUAUGUGAACACCUACGGACGGAUAACUAAAGAUGUGGUGCUCCAGUGGGGAGAAAUGCCUACUUCUGUGGCCUACAUUCAUUCCAAUCAAAUAAUGGGCUGGGGAGAGAAAGCUAUUGAAAUCCGCUCAGUGGAGACGGGACAUUUGGAUGGAGUAUUUAUGCACAAGCGAGCUCAAAGGUUAAAGUUUCUAUGUGAAAGAAAUGAUAAGGUAUUUUUUGCAUCGGUGAGAUCCGGAGGAAGCAGCCAAGUGUUUUUCAUGACCCUCAACAGAAACUCCAUGAUGAACUGGUAACAGAGGAGCACUUGGCACUCACCGCCAUGGCAUUAUUUCUAAUUUAAAGGACAUUAAACACGUGG